AUCAUCCCUUCUUAACUUGAUUUUAUAAGAAAAGAACAACUUCAUCAUCACCAAUUCACCAUGAGUCACUUUAACAAUCAUCAAGAAGCCCCUGUAUCAUAUCCCCCAACAGGUCAAGUCUAUCCUCCACCAACUUCAUAUGUUAGUGCCCCACCACCUAUGGGUUACCCUUCCAAGGAUGGUCCUGUAGGGUACCCCCAACAAAGUGUUACAGAGCAAACCACAAGUAGGGGUGAUGGCUUCUGGAAGGGAUGUUGUGCUGCUCUAUGUUGUUGCUGGGUCUUGGAUUGUUGCUUCUGAUUGAAUCAUAAUAUAGAUUUCCAUUACUCAGCAUAUUUUUAUUUUUAUUUCAUUUUUUAUUUUCUCCUCAUUCCUAUUGUAUUCUUUGUAGUUGUAAAAGAAUAAGGGUCUUUAUCCUUUAGAAC